AUAACUAUUUCAUGUUCCUAAAUGAAAUAUAUCUGCAGUUACUUGGCACAGCCAUGGGUACGAAGGUGGCACCACCAUACGCAUCAUUAUUCCUGGGUCUUUUUGAGCAGGUGUUUAUUUUCGAUAAGUUUCCAAAUUUAAUCACUAUAUUUCUUCGUUUCCUAGACGACAUAUUCUUCAUAUGGGAACACAGUGAAGAAGAACUACACAAAUUUUUCAUAUAUCUAAAUUCAAUACACCCUACAAUAAAAUUCACCUAUGAAUAUUCAACAGAGGAAAUUAGUUUUUUGGAUACGACUAUCUAUUUAGAUAAACGCUCGAGAAAACUCAAAACCAAAUUAUUUAUAAAACCAACUGACAGCAGAGCACUAUUACAUUUUACGUCGUAUCACCCUCACCAUACCAAAAGGGGUAUAAUUUAUUCGCAAGCACUCCGCUAUCGCAUGAUAACAAGUCAAGAUAGCAUUUUAAAAUGUGAGCUCGAUGAACUUAAAAGUAUUUUGCUGACCAGAGGAUACAAAGAUCGGCUUGUUGAUGAAAUAUUCGGGAAAAUCGCCAAAUUAAAGCAAUCCGACGUACUUUCUAACUCUACGCACAAGUUUAAUAAAAAACGAAUACAUUUCAGAACCGCUGACAAUAGUGGUGAUGCUGACAGAGACCAAAACAAAGACAAACACAUUCUACCUUUUAUUUUACCUUACCACGAAAAAUUUACAACGCUUAAACGAAUACUACACAAGUAUUGGUUUAUAAUUGAGAGCGACCCUGCUCUGCGACUCGUUUUUCCAACCAAACCAUUCUUGACUUUCACCAAGCAUAAAAAUAUACAGGAAUAUUUAAUCAGAGCAAAGAUGAGAUCUGCUGACCACUGCCUUUCAAUAUAAUUUUUAUAAUUUUUACGUUUAUUCGAUUUGUAUAACAUUCAGUUUAUUAAUAUCAUAAUAAAAAUUGUUACACCCAAAACAGUUUUUUGAUAUUUUAGCAAAAUACUGCAUGCUAGCGUUUUGCCAUUUUAUUUGUUAGUCUGAUAUCCAAAUAUAUAUCAUAGCCUGUGGAAUGGGUUGUAAAAUUAAUUUACAAACUAAUUAAUACACACAAAACCAAGUAAUUUAUGACCAAAAACUUAAUAACAAACUCACAUACGCGUGAAAAUGAACAUAAUACGUGCAUGUGUAUAUAUAAUAUAUUGAUAACUGUGUAAGCAGAGAUAACUGGGUGCAGAAGUUAGCUGUUACAACCUUGGUACUACCUUACUGUGAAACGAUACGAAGAAAAAAUCUCGUUUCCAUAACAACAUGACAAAAUCUUCCAUCUGCACUCACAUUCGGUUUGACUAAAAAACUCUCAAUUCUAUGACAACUACACUCAUCCACUUUAAAUAAAUCAAUCAAUAAAUUACACAAUUACGACCCAUAAAAGGGUUCCUGAAAAUACAACUUUAACACUGAACCAUAUGGCUAGAAUUUAACUUUUCAUACAAGGCUGAUAUAGAUUACAAAUAAAUAUUCGUAACACUGGAAACGAGGUUGGAUGUAAUGAUGAAAUACUGAUAAUAACGACUUAUACUAUCUUAACAACACAGAAAACCUGUGUAAUAAGUGAUAGGCAUAUCAUCUGGAUUCAAGAAAGCAUACACGAAUGAUAGAAACCUGGGCACUAUCUUGCCUUGAAACGCUUUGAAGAUAAAAUUGCGUUUAUAAAUCUGUGCGCACAUUCAGUUUAAACAUCGGUUUCUAUGACAACUACAAGACUGAACAAUAAAAAAUAAAAAAUAAAUAAAUAAAAACGACCCUCAAACGGCCCUACCGAAGCAAUAUAUAAGACUGAGAAUGGCCAUAAAACGACCUCUUACAACAGAAACAAGAACGUAGCAACACUAUUCAAAAUAACGUUUUUUUAUUAAAUCAAAUAAAUUUUCAUCAUGCAGACUAACGAUCUCUUCAGUUCAAGCGAAUUUGACGCUAGCAACGGAAAUGAUCCAAACCAUCAGGAGACUGUCUAUGCAGCUCAGCAUCGUAUUGGUAGGUGAUAAUUCUCUUGUUGAUGUUUUGAUAAUCAGUGGCGCCGUAGAUUAGUGGUUAUAGCUCUCGUACUCUGUGCGGGAGACCGGGGUUCGAUUCCUCUUGACGGCGAUUCAACAUGGGCGAGUGAAUGUUACCAUAGCUCCGGGUUAACCCAAGCCAUGUGAGGGAAAUUGGGAAGAUGGCGCACUGUGUGGGCCGUUGGAUGUUGCCGGGAGUUGUCUAGUAGAGCGCGGGCUCUAACUGGGUCUGCGUAGCUCAAAAUGAGCAUUAAAUACUCUAGGACUCUCCAUCUACGCCAUGGCCCCUCCUGGAAAUAAUAGACAGGGUAUAUCCCUCGAUAUUUGUGAGGCUAGCCAUGUAAAAUAUGCACAUCUGACAUCCACAGAACUUUUCUUGCAUCCUUCCCUUUAUUCCAAUCAUCCUUGUUUUCAAUUUGCUUUUAAAAACCAAAAGGCAAAUAUUUUUAUUGUUUGUGAUAUGACUCUUUCUCCUGAGGAGGCAGUUAAAGCAGAAGCAAUCAACAACUGUACCCCCAAGACAUGGUCUCCUUUUCUAUCAAUUGCCUUGUCAACAGUAAUAAAGAGAAAAAUUUAUACGUUUUACCCACAGUUCGCUUGUUACGGUUUCAAACUCUCUUUACACAGUGUAUAUUGCCACGCCCAUCUAUUUUACCUGAUGAAGAUCA